UUGUAUCGUAUUCCAUGCGGUUGCCAAUAAUAACUAUUACUAAUCAGAAAAAAUGAUUAAAAAAAGUAAAAAUAAAACAAAUGAAAUGAGACCGUUGGGCAACGGUAGAAUUUCAAACCAAUAUCUACCACCCUAUGUCUUUUCCUCUUCCCCGCUCCUCCUCUCCAAUCUCCUUUCUCACUGCCUCCAUUUUCACUAACUGAACUUAUCUGCGUCUUACUAUUUUUUUGUACUCCAACUAUCAAUUAUAAUCCCAAUUUCUUCAAAAAAAGAAGUAAAAAAAUGCAAGAAAUGUGGAAUGCUCCUCCUGGAUUUAGGCCUUCAAAGGCUUCUUCUGCUCCUUGUUCACCUGCUAAACCCGCUCCCGUAUCCCGUACUCGUUCAGAAUCUUUUCACAUUACUCACAAAGUUCCUGUUGGUGACACUCCUUAUGUCAGAGCCAAACAUGUUCAGUUAGUGGAUAAAGACCCAGAGAAGGCAAUUCCUCUGUUUUGGGCAGCCAUUAAUGCUGGAGAUAGAGUUGAUAGUGCACUUAAAGACAUGGCUAUUGUUAUGAAGCAGCAAAAUAGAGCUGAAGAAGCCAUUGAAGCAAUCAAAUCGUUGCGUAGUCGGUGUUCCGAACAGGCUCAAGAGUCUCUUGAUAACAUUCUCUUAGAUCUCUAUAAGAGAUGUGGGAGAUUAGAUGAUCAGAUUGCACUUUUGAAGCACAAAUUGUACUUAAUACAACAAGGUCUUGCAUUCAAUGGGAAGAGAACAAAAACAGCUAGAUCUCAAGGAAAGAAAUUUCAAGUCUCAGUGGAGCAAGAAGCAACUAGAUUACUGGGCAAUCUAGGAUGGGCACUAAUGCAGCAAAAUAACUAUCUAGAAGCAGAAGAUGCAUACAGAAGAGCACUAUCAAUUGCUCCUGAUAACAACAAGAUGUGCAAUUUGGGCAUUUGCCUAAUGAAGCAAGGGAGGAUCAUCGAAGCGAAACAAACUCUUCGACGAGUGAAACCAGCAGUUGCAGAUGGACCAAGAGGGAUGGAUUCUCACCUUAAAGCCUAUGAAAGGGCACAACAAAUGCUUGGAGAUUUAGAAUCAGAGAUAAUGAAAAAAGCAGGGGACUCUGUUUCAGAACAGAGUAGGCUUUUCAAUAUAUUUUUGGGAUCUUCUUCUCUUUGGCAACCUCAACCUUGUAAAGAAACAUAUUCCUGUCCACCCACAACUAAAAUCCCAGAUGAAUUUCCAGAUGAAAAUACAAAUUCCAACAUUUUUUCAAACAAUAAUCAAAAUUUUCCACCAAAACCAAAUGGGUUUUUUCCAAUUGGGAAUUCAUUGAAUAUUGAUGCACCGCCAUUUUUUUCCACUAAAUUGUUGAAGGACCCACAAGGGGAAAAUCAAUUACAUGAUACCCUUAAGAGAACAAGGUCUGAUAAUGCAGGGGAAAUUGUGCAGAUUAAUACUAAUAAUGGUAAUCAAGAAAGGGAAAAUAAGAUAUUGAGGAGAUCAUUUGAGGAAAAAGAGAAUGAUUUUCUUCCAGACGAUAAGGAUUUUGAAGAUGCAAUUAUAUCUGCAGUUCUGAACACAAUUGAUACAGAGAAUUCUUCUGUGGAAGUGAAAAAGAUUUCCCAUAAGUUUGGAAUGAAGGGUGCUUCAACUGAUAAAAGAUUGAAGGUUUUUCAGGAUAUUACUUUGUCUUUAAGUCCGAGGGCUUGACAUUGAUUAAUUUAUUUAAGUUAUGCUAAUUUUAUUUAUUGAUUAAGCUUAAUUUUAUUGUGUUUUAUAGGAGAUGCACUUAUUCUCCUUAAUUUUAUGUACUUUUAAUUGGGAAUUCUGAGAGGUAGUCUCAUUCCUUUAGUUUAACUAAUGAUUUUUUCAUAUUCACAGCAAGUUAAUAAAAUUGUACUACUGUGUAAUGUUUUAUAUCAUUGACUUAAAAAGAAAUGUCCUUCUUUAAACUA